GCGCCAGGGAGAGCUUGGAGAGCCUGCACCAGUGGAAGACAGAGGAAGCCAGUGAACAGCUUGACUACACCAGACCCUGGAAGUUUUGAGAUGCCUUUCGCAGUGGCCAAAAUGAGAAAUAAGUGGAAAAUGGGAGGAAUAAAAUACAUCUUUACCUUGUUGCUGUUCUUUCUUUUCCUAGAAGGAAGCAAAACAGAGCAAGUGAAACAUUCAGAGAAAUAUUGUAUGUUUCAAGACAAGAAGUACAGAGUGGGUGAGAGAUGGCAUCCCUACCUGGAACCAUACGGCUUGGUUUACUGUGUGAACUGCAUCUGCUCAGAGAAUGGGAAUGUGAUUUGCAGCCGAGUCAGAUGUCCAAGUCUUCAUUGCCUCUCUCCCGUGCAUAUUCCUCAUCUGUGCUGCCCUCGCUGCCCAGACUCCUUACUCCCAGUGAACAAUAAGGUAACCAGCAAGUCGUGUGAGUACAAUGGGACCACUUACCAACAUGGUGAGCUGUUCAUGGCUGAAGGACUCUUUCAGAACCGGCAACCCAAUCAGUGCACCCAGUGCAGCUGUUCGGAGGGAAAUGUGUACUGUGGUCUCAAGACUUGCCCCAAAUUAAGCUGUGCAUUCCCUAUCUCUGUUCCAGAUUCCUGCUGCCGGGUAUGCAGAGGGGAAGGAGAAUUGUCAUGGGAACAUUCUGAUGGUGAUAUCUUCCGGCAACCUGCUAACAGAGAAGCAAGACAUUCUUACCACCGCUCUCACUAUGACCCUCCACCAAGCCGACAGGCUGGAGGUCUUCCCCGCUUUCCUGGGGCCAGAAGUCACCGGGGAGCUCUUAUGGAUUCCCAGCAAGCCUCUGGUACCAUUGUGCAGAUUGUCAUCAAUAACAAGCACAAGCAUGGACAAGUGUGUGUUUCCAAUGGAAAGACCUAUUCUCAUGGUGAAUCCUGGCACCCUAACCUCCGGGCAUUUGGCAUUGUGGAGUGUGUGUUAUGUACUUGUAAUGUCACCAAACAAGAGUGUAAGAAAAUUCACUGCCCCAACCGAUACCCCUGCAAGUACCCUCAAAAAAUAGACGGAAAGUGCUGCAAGGUGUGUCCAGGUAAAAAGGCAAAAGAAGAACUUCCAGGUCAAAGCUUUGAUAGCAAAGGCUACUUUUGUGGAGAAGAAACGAUGCCCGUGUAUGAGUCUGUGUUCAUGGAGGAUGGGGAGACUACCAGAAAAAUAGCAUUGGAGACAGAGAGACCACCUCAGGUAGAGGUACAUGUUUGGACAAUUCAAAAGGGCAUCCUCCAGCAUUUCCAUAUUGAGAAGAUCUCCAAGAGGAUGUUUGAGGAGCUCCAUCACUUCAAGCUUGUGACCAGGACAACCCUGAGCCAGUGGAAGAUAUUCACCGAAGGAGAAGCUCAGAUCAGCCAGAUGUGUUCAAGUCGUGUGUGCAGAACAGAGCUUGAAGAUUUGGUCAAGGUUUUGUACCUGGAAAGGUCUGAAAAGGGCCACUGUUAGACAAGACAGUAUUGGAUAGCGUAAAGCAAGAAAACUCAAGCUGCAGCUGGACUGCAGGCUUAUUUUGCUUAAGUCAACAGUGCUCUAAAAUACAAACUCAAAUGCAGUUAAUUAUUCACGCUAUGCACAGCAAAACUUGCUCCUUUAUGUGGAGUGGUGUGUCACCCCUUAACCAUCUUCUCCGAAGAGACUGGAAGAGUCUUGAAUAAUUUGUAGGAAGAAGAGAGAUGGAACACCAUAACUCUGUUCUAGUUUCUGCGAGAAUCACAUUUCUUUACAGGUUAAAGAGUAAACAAAACCCCAGGGUUUCUACUAGGUAGCUAGAAAGCUAUUCAAUGAAAGAAAGAGAAGGGAAUCACUUCUUAGUAGGGGUUCUGUAAUACAGAGAAAAUAUUUGUAUGAAA